GGUUCGGAGUUCAGAGGUUGCCAACCAGAAAACAAGAUGGCUGCAGUCAUGAUGAGCCAUAAGCACUGCUGAGCUCAUUUACGCGGAUAAUAUAUCAGAAUAAAGUGGUCGUGUUCUUGUACUUUAUCCGGGGUUUUCCCCCUACACGAAAUGCGGACACGAAUGGCGCUUAUGUACAGUUUGUUAUGGCGGCUAUUACUGAUUCUCGUUCACGUCAACAGAGCGCUCUUCUCUUGGCUCCACGUCCGCAUCCAGAGCUGGAAGGGCCGGCUGUGGGAGCGAGCAGCGACCGUCCUGCUGUUGCCGAUAUCUCUAGUUGGAUUUCCAGACUUUCAGAAUAAUCUGAAUCAUGGCCCAGAUGCUAAUGUUAAACCGAUAACUGAAAAGCGCACCGGCGGUGGCCGGUCACGGUGUCUGUCUGACGGAAAGUCCCUGAAGAAGAUACCGGUCCAUAUCGGCCUGUUGGUUGCGGAAGAAGAGCCCAGUUAUCCGGACAUAGCAAACGUGGUGGUGUGGUGUAUGGCUGUCGGCAUAUCCUAUGUUAGCGUGUAUGAUAAUCACGGUGUUUUUCAGAAGAACAACUCUCGUCUACUCGAGGAAAUAAAAAGGCAGCAACAGGAUCUGCUGGGUGUUGAUGGAUCUAUGCACAGUGUGGAGUUCCUGAGCAGUGGUAGUGACCAACACCAGCACAAUGUUGUGUCCUGCAGGCCCACAGUGAGGGUGCUGUCUCCUGACGAUGGGAAGCAGAGCAUUGUCCAUGUAGCACAGCAGCUCUGCCGCUCUGUGGAAAACAAGGAAAGGAGCUUCAAAGACAUUAAUGUUUCCAUGCUAGACCUGCUUCUCAGAGAAUCAAAGAAUAUUCCAGACCCUGAGUUGGUGGUGAAGUUUGGUCCUGUGAACAGCACACUGGGCUUCCUCCCCUGGCACAUCAGGCUCACAGAGUUCAUCUCCCUGCCAUCCCACAGAAAUAUCUCGUAUGAGGACUUGUUGGGUGUCCUGCAGCGGUACGGGGCUUGUCAGCAGCGGCUCGGACAGUGAUAUUAAAUACACAAGUGUGGGCUUUACACAGCCAGGACAUCCUGGACAGGUAAUGACUACCGUCCCUCAUUACUCGUCGGCUCAGCUAUGCCCAUCUGCUGGACCUCUAAUACAACAAGACAUUUCAAAUAUAUGGAAACCAGGAAACAUAGCCAGCCAAUCUUUACCACCAGCUUGUCUUCUAAUGAAUUCACAUUCCAGGACUCAUGGAACAUGCUCGGUAAAACAAGAAAAAAUGGCACUGACGUAAGACUGUCUCCACAGACUCGGUGGUCCUAACACCCUUGUUUGUUUCAUUCUUUCUCCAGCUGUCAUUUACUGCUGAUGGAAAAAUUGCCUUCACAUAGACUAUAAAGAAAAAACAAAUCUUUGUAUGCAAGCUGCAUCACAAGGAAAUAUAGCAGCAGUUUAGGGGCAUGCAGCACAGGAGCUGAACAGCAGAGUGGCUAAUGUGUAAAUAUGAGAAAUUCCUGUAGCUCUGUUUGUCUCUGUGGCCUCCAGCUUGCAGUCAUGUUCAUGUGUAGUGUUGUUUCAUGCACAUACAGACGGUUGUUCAACAUUGUUUUUGGUCUGAAAUAAAGAAAUGCACUGUGUGUA